AAGGACUUAGUGGAUCGACCGAUGAAUGAAAACCCAUCCCAAAAUCUCUCACCGCCGUUCACAAGCAAGGGUGGGGCCAACCGAUGUUCACCGAUCAGUACUCGCACUAUUAGCUGAUAGGUGUCACAUAACGUCCUCAACUCGGAGCUCAUCGGGAUGGGAUGCUUGAUCUUGCACCCGAUGGGCAUCUCGCCGACGCCCGUAGAGGACCCUUCGCUUCUCUCUUCUCCGCCUACCAAAUUCGCCUCCGCUUCCAAGCUUAGAAGCGGCGUCGUCUACCGAAAGCCCCAAUUCCUCACCCAUCGAUGUCUCUGCGCCCCAAAUCCCCAACCUCGCCCACUCCGUCUCGCCGCGUCCGCCGCUGGACCCCCGGAUGAGGAGGAGGCCGAGGAAGCCCCGGUCCAGGAACUUAGGGUCCCCGAAGCUUGGUUGACCCCUUCGAACGCUUUACAGGAAUCAGAAUGGCUUAGAGUAACUCUUCACAAGUGGCUGGACGACGAGUAUUGUCCCGAAGCUGCUAAUGCAGAGAUCAGCAAGGUUGCUGCACGCUCAUACUAUGAGUCCUUGAUGGAGCAGCAGUCAGACCUGGGCGAAAUAUUGCUGAAGAUGGCAAAGGAUUUGGAGAUGGUAUCAUUCCAGGAAAGCUUCCAUGGAGCCUUCUCAUCCGCUAAUGCUGCCAUACACUUAGUAACUCUGCGGAUGAACUCGAUGGCAGGGCGGUAGGUUCAUAUGAUAUGAUGGAGACAUCUUUGUGGUGAUUGUUUUGUGAUCCAAGACAUGCAAUCCCUGAGUGUGAAAGAAUUACUUGGAGCAUAACAAGAAUGCUCUCCUACAACUUAUCCUCCUUUGUCAUUUGGAUGGAAGCCUUUGCAGCCUUUUUUGUUUUUCUGUUGCGCUAUUUGGACAGAAUCACAGCUUUCUCAUGAAUGGACCGAGUGCGUCCUGACUAACUCUCGGGGUACCCGAGUUGUCUACCUGUCCAGUCACUGUGGGAAUAGAGUGGGACCCAUGAGAGACAUGGUCUGACAUAGCAGACCCACCACCCGAACGUAUCAUUUGUGGAGAUGUGGAACGCCGCGGGACUCGGGUCUUUGAGGCGGACCCCAUCCUGAUGGCCAAUGGAAUUCUCGGUUACUUAUGGGACUUUUGCUCGAGUCAGCCAGGUGAGCGGGUAAGUUCCGAAACGGGUAAGGAAAGAACUCGCCCUUCCACAAUAAUAAAUCCUCGGCCGCCGAGUUAGGGCUCCGGCGGAGGUGCAUUCACCCCGAGGCGUAGCUCCUCAGCUCGACCUCUCGGAAUACUUCCCCUUGUCCUCCGCUUACGGUCUUCGAGUUCUUCGCCCUCGCGAUUGCUCCCCGUUCCGCGGUUAGGACGCUGAGCUCGCCCCUUCUUCGGGCGCAAGGCAACCCGGGUUCUGAAUUUUCGGACUUAUAGCUGGAUUUUGAUGCGGGCAGGCAGCCAAAAGUAUAUAUCCUCAUUGUUACAUUACAUACCUACAUGAAGCCAUAAAAGAUCAAUCCAGCAUAGUUUUGUCCAUGCAAGUUGUAUUAACAAGGUUUUUGCUUGGACCUUUGCUAAUAUAAUUUCAUCAGGAAAAUUGGCCUCGAAGCUUCUAAAAUUGGAUGAAAUGUACAUCAAUUUCAUUAAAUUGUGGUGAGUAUUGUUGAUGGCCUACUGUCUGCGGUGAUCUACCAGAGAAGAAGCUUGUCUUGAAAGGAAUUAAAAUUAAAUGAGGAUUGCUCUUUGCUAUGCUUUGCGUCGAAACCUGAGCAAGAAGAGGAGUCGUGAUCUUUUUUGUAUAUAGAUUUUGAAGAGUGGAAAAUCAUCAAGCGCAAUCUGGCAGUACAAGUGUGUUCUGUCAUUUCUAUUACAUGAUGGAGUGUAAUAAGGAAGAGGCUAUCAGAGCGAGGGAAGUUGCAGAAAAGAAGAUGCAAAGUAGAGAUUUCAUUGGGGCACUUAAGAUUGCUCGGAAGGCCCAGCAUCUCUUUCCAGAGCUUGAGAACAUCUCUCAUAUGUUAACUGUCUGUGAAGUUCAUUGCUCUGCUGAUGCUAAAAUUAACGGAGAGAUGGACUGGUAUGGGAUUCUGCAAGUAGAGCCAACAGCAGAUGACUCAUCUAUCAAGAAACAGUACCGAAAGCUUGCACUUUUACUUCAUCCUGAUAAAAACCAAUUUGCAGGUGCUGAGGCUGCCUUCAAGUUAAUUGGAGAAGCACAUAAGAUUCUGUCCGAUCGACUAACACGACAACACUAUGAUGUUAAAAUGAAUGUUAAUAUCAGAACUGCCUCUUCCAGGCAGCCUGCUCCACAGAUGAGGAACAGCUUUUAUGCUAGAAGCAAUUUCAGUGCAGUGUCUUUUAAUGGCCUAAAUCAGCAACAGCAGCAACCAUCAGCUUUUGCUACUGCCAAUACAUUCUGGACUAUUUGUCCUAAUUGCAGCAUGAGAUACCAGUACUACCUUAGCAUAUUGAACAAAACUCUCCGCUGUCAGCAUUGUUCGAAGCCCUUCAUUGCAUAUGAUUUGAAUGCAGAAGCUGCGCCUUCUGGGGUAAAGUCUGGUCAAUCCUGGAACAACGUUGGAAAUUCACAUCAUCAGAUUCCAGUUCAGCAAGCUAAUAAUGUUAACCUGCAAAGUCAGCCUGGAAAUGCCUCUUCUAGUACAGGGCUUAAGAGUGGUGUUGGUGGAGGACCAUGGGCCCCCUUUGGGCAUGGAGGUGGACCUACAAACAUGGCAAACAUGGCUACAGAUGACAGAAUGGAUGUUAAAGGUGUUGCAAGUAAUGAGGUUCAGUUUGAGGAAAAGAACCCCAGGCAAAUGAAUGAAGGAGGGAAGACUGCUAAGCCUUCAACUGCCAAUGCUAAUCUGAAGAGGAGCAGAAAGGUGGCUGUGGAAUCCAGUGAAUCAGAUAGCACUGAUGUUGAAGAAGACAUAGCUAUUGAGGUAGAUGGCCCUCAAGCAAAGCAGUAUUCUUCAUCGUCUGCACCACGAAGGUCAACCAGGCUUAAGCAGAAUAUUAAUUAUAGUGAAGUCGGAAGCGAAGAUGAUGAUGACUUUAUAAAUUCUCCUAGUUACAAAAAGUGGAGAGGUGAGUCAUCAGGUAGUGCUGAUGGGCAUGCAGGAUCGUCCCAUGCUGAUACCGAUGGGGUGACUUCGAGUGUCAAAGCCACUGAAUUUGGUGAUGAUAAAAUGGAGAACAUUUACAAAGAUGAUGCCUCCGAAAAGCAACCACUAAAUGGAAGUGAAGGUGUUAAUGUAGAUCCAACAGGGGAAAGCAAACUAGAUACAGGCACGGAAGAGAAGUUAGGGCCUGCAGCGGAGUCUAGCAUUGAUUCCAGAUCUAAGACCUCACCUGAACAUGAUACAUUGACAUAUCCUGAUCCAGAAUUUUACGACUUUGAAAAACUUAGGCAUGUAAAUAAAUUUUCAGUUGAUCAGAUAUGGGCACUCUACGAUAAUCUUGAUGGAAUGCCUCGAUUCUAUGCACGAAUUCGUCAUGUACAUGCCCCACAUUUCAAGUUGCGGAUAACCUGGCUUGAGCAUAAUCCCUUAAAUGAAGUUGAGACAGUCUGGUCCGGUGAGGAAUUGCCAGUUGGUUGUGGGAAUUAUAUACUAGGAUCCACACAGUUUGCUGAAGAUCAUCUGAUGUUCUCACAUAUUGUGUCUUGGGAAAAGGGGAAAAGAAGGAACUCAUAUGAUAUAUAUCCUAGAAAGGGCGAGGUUUGGGCUCUCUUCAAGGACUGGAAUGCUGGGUGGAGAUCUGAUGCUGGCAAUCAUAGGCUGUAUAAAUAUGAAGUUAUAGAAGUACUUUCAGAUUUUGCAGUGGAUGCUGGAAUCAGCGUGAUUCCCUUGGUUAAGAUAGAAGGUUUUGUGAGCUUGUUCAUGCGAGCAAAGGAGAUGGCUAUGGCUCCAUAUAUGAUACCACCUAAUGAAAUACUUAGAUUUUCUCACGGUAUCCCUUCUUACAGGUUGAAUGGGACCGAAAAAGAAGGUAUUCCUCAAGGUUGUCUGGAGCUUGAUCCAGCAUCUCUUCCUGCUGACUUUUCAGAGUCAUUUCCUUCCGUUAGUCUUGGUGGUGGUACAAGUGGAGUUGGAAAUUUGAGUGAAUCUCAUGUUUCAUGUUUCAAGUCCACAGACAAUGAGGUGGAACCUGGAAUGAAGGAUGUUGCUCAUGCAGAACUAUAUCAAGCUGGUGGACGCCAGCAAUCAGAAGCUUGGAAGCAUGCACAAAAUGAUACAAAGCAGCCUGAAGUAGUGAUAAGAGAGGAAGACAGGUUAGAUGCUGCUGGUGUCCAUGAUAAUUCUGCUGAAAAUGAAAAUUCAUCUCCAAUGUCAUCGUCGAGCCCCCUUGUCGUUGAAUAUCCUGAAGCAGAAUUUCACAAUUUUGAUGAGGGGAAGUCAAUAGAAAAUGUCCAACGUGGUCAGAUUUGGGCAUUAUACAGUGAAAUAGAUCAGUAUCCCAAUUACUAUGGAUGGGUGAAGAAAGUUGAGUUAGAAGAUCAUAAAGUGCAUAUAGCAUGGCUUGAGGCCUGUCCUGUAUCAGAGGAGGAGGCACACUGGAUACAAGAGGGAAUGCCGGUUGCAUGUGGUACAUUUAAAGUGGAACAGCAGAGUGUGGCAUUUGAGAACAUGGGUAUGUUUUCUCAUCUUGUGCAGGCCAAACCAAGUGCUAGAAGAAACCGAUAUGACAUUCUUCCAUGCCAUGGUGAGAUUUGGGCUGUAUACAAGAACUGGAGUGCUGGAUGGAGCCGUUCAGACUGGCAAAACUGUGAGUAUGAUGUGGUGGAAAUUUCUGAAUGCACCGAUGCUGGCCUGAAAGUUCGACUUUUGACAAAGGUUGAUGGUUAUAGAGCCGUUUUCAAACAUGAAAACGAAGGAAAAGCUGUGACCAUGGAUGUACCAGCCAAUGAAUAUACUAGAUUCUCUCAUAAGAUACCUUCAUUCCGACUGACAAACGAAAGAGGAGGGAAACUUCGUGGUUAUUGGGAGCUGGAUACUGCAUCUAUACCUGACAUUUUACUUAUCUCGGACUCCGCAUGAUACUCGGUUACCUUCAGCAACUUAUGGAAACCUUGGGUACCUUCAGCAGCUUAUGGAAACCUUGGGUACUUGGUUAAAGAGAUCAACUUGGGUACCUUCAGCAGCUUAUGGAAACCUUGAACUGCAGUGCAGGGUUACUGCAGGUUGGUGAUUCCAUGUCUACACAUGGGUGCCUGUGUGAGGAAAGUCCGCACAAUGCAUGGGAACCUCUGUUCUGUUGAGUUUGUAAUCAAGUCUCAUAGUUCACUAUGCUCCUAUGUGAACACAAGCCAGAGUAACCGAAUUUUCGCGAGGUGUGCAAGAAGCUGCCAGCUAAUGGAUGUUGCAGAUGAUGCUUUUUCAUCCAUUCAUCCUCUGUAGGCGUGUAAUCUCCUCCGACUGUUGCAAUCUAGGUAACUCAGAAAAAUAUUUAAAGUUUGCUCUUA